CCGCUUUGGGCCAAUAGCGUUGCCCGGGGUGAAGCACGCCCCGCCACAUCACAGCACACAGCACCGCCUUCUCGUUCUUAAAUACGACUUCAGUCUCACCUCUCGGCCUCCGUAUUCCGUCUGAUACGCACCUACCUCUCCGCCACUGUUCUAUCCCACUGUCAAGAUGGCUCAGCAAUUCCCAUCUCUCUCUCCGGAGCAGAAGAAGGAGCUGUCAGAAAUUGCCCAGCUGAUUGUGGCCCCAGGGAAGGGGAUCCUGGCCGCAGAUGAGUCCACUGGCACCAUGGGAAAGCGUCUGCAGAAGAUCAACGUGGAGAACAACGAGGAAAACCGUCGCUGCUUCCGUGAUCUCCUCUUCUCGGCCGGUGACUCCAUCUCAAAGUCCAUAGGAGGGGUCAUCCUGUUCCAUGAGACGCUCUACCAGAAGUCAGACAAGGGCAAGCCCUUCCCCCAAGUCAUCAAAGACCAGGGCAUUGUUGUGGGCAUUAAGGUGGACAAAGGCACAGCUGGUCUGAAUGGUACAGACGGCGAGACGACCACACAAGGUCUUGACGGCCUGUCAGAGCGCUGCGCGCAGUACAAGAAGGACGGCUGCAACUUCGCCAAGUGGAGGUGCGUGCUCAAGAUCUCAGACAGCUGCCCGUCGGCUCUCGGCAUUGCAGAGAACGCCAACGUCCUGGCUAGAUACGCUAGCAUCUGCCAACAGAAUGGUCUGGUACCCAUCGUGGAGCCAGAGAUCCUUCCCGACGGAGACCAUGACCUGCAGAGAUGCCAGUAUGUCACAGAGAAGGUGCUGGCUGCCGUGUACAAGGCUCUGUCCGAUCACCACGUGUACCUGGAGGGCACGCUGCUCAAGCCCAACAUGGUCACCGCCGGACACUCCUGCACUAAGAAGUUCACCCCUCAGGAGGUCGCCAUGGCUACCGUGACAGCUCUGAGGCGCACCGUGCCAGCAGCCGUGCCAGGCAUCUGCUUUCUGUCCGGGGGCCAGAGUGAGGAGGAGGCCUCGCUCAACUUGAACGCCAUCAACCAGGUGCCCCUAUAUCGCCCCUGGAAGCUCACCUUCUCGUACGGCCGCGCGCUGCAGGCGUCCACCCUUGCAGCCUGGCAGGGCAAGGCCGCCAACAAGGCAGCUGCACAGGAAGCUUUCUGCAGUAGGGCCAAGAUCAACGGCCUGGCUGCCAAAGGAGAGUACAAGGCCACAGGCUCGGCCGACCAGGCCUCCAUGCAGUCUCUGCACACCACCAACUACGUCUAUUAAUUUAAGCCAUCGUGCACAUGGACCAAAUGACGACAACAUCGACGGGCAACCUUUAAGGAGGAAGAUUCUGGAAUAAACUGCUGUUUGCUGCCUCACUGAAAUAAAUUUAAGUGACCAAAUGUG